AUGAGCAAUAACACUAUCAGUAUAGAAACGGUGUCUGCACCACUGUAUUUGCCUAAGUUGCCUGUAGAAAAAGUGCAGAGAAUUGCUAAGAAUGAUCCUGAAUAUAUGGAUACUUCGGAUGACGCAUUCGUAGCCACAGCAUUCGCUACUGAAUUUUUUGUCCAAGUGCUGGCACACGAGUCCCUACAACAACAACAAAAACUGCAGCAGCAGCACGUACCACGUCUCUCGGACGAAAUCACACUAUCGUAUGAUGACAUCUCUACGACAAUAGUGCAAUCUGCUGACGGCCAUCUACAGUUUUUGAAUGAUGUGAUACCGACGACAAAGAACCUGAGGCUUCUGGUGGAAGAAAACAGAGUUAGAUACACGACAAGUGCUAUGCCUCCUCAUGAAGUUUACUCUGCCUAUAUGAUGAACGAUACUGCUCCGAAGCCCGACAUUGUCGAGAUCGAUCUUGAUAAUGACGAAAAUGACGACGAAGACCUCACUGAUCAAGAAUAG